UCUGUAUACCCCCUUCUGUUCCGACCCACUUCCCCUUCCCCUUCUCCGAUCUUCUUCUUCCUCAGCUCUUAUUCGCCACUGUCACUCCAAUCCCCAAACCCUAACCCCAAAUCUCCCAACUACGCCGAUCUAUUUCUCUGUUUUUUUUGUUUUUGGGAAAGAAAUCGGAUUUGUCUUCCCUGAUUUCGGUGGAUUUUUUUGGCCCGGAGGAAUGGCUACUUCCAAUACCAGCAACGUCUACAUCCACGUCAUCGAGGACGUCAUCAAUAAGGUCCGAGAUGAGUUCACCAGCAAUGGCUGCGAUAGCGUCCUCGACCAGCUCCAAGGAUUAUGGGAGGCGAAGAUGAUUGAAGCUGAGGCUGUAUUGGGCCCGAUUGAAAGGAACUCAGCUCAGAAAACCGCACCUGGGGGUGGAAUGGCAGCUGUGCAUGACCUGAAUGUACCUUAUGAGGGAAACGAGGAGUAUGAAACUCCUACCGCUGAUAUACUUUUUCCUCCUACUCCAUUACCGACACCCAUGCCGGGAUCAGCUCAGACGCCGCUACCUGGAACAUCACACACUCCAACGACGGAUUUAAUUUUUCCUCCGACUCCUUUACCGAACAUGGCCCCUACACCAUUGCCAGGAACAGCUCAAACCCCUCUCCCUGGAACUGCUCAGACACCACUGGGAACAACAGAAAAUUCUAUGUAUAACAUUCCUACUGGUGGAAAUCCAUUCACUCCCGAUGAAUAUUCUAGUGCAAAUGAGAAUGAUGUCGUUGAUGUGAAACCCGCUAUGGGGAGGCCUAGCCGUUUCAUGCAACCACCCUCAACUUGGAUGAACCAAAGGCCUCCUCUUGAUGUUAAUGUUGCUUAUGAAGAAGGGCGCGAAGAGGGUGAACGUGCAACAUCACAGCAACCCUUGACACAGACGCAGGAUUUUUUCAUGAUGCCUUCUGGGAAGAGAAAAAGGGAUUUUGCUUCACAGUAUCAAUCUGGCGGUUACAUACCGCAGCAAGAUGGUGCUUCAGAUGCAUUAUAUUAUGAUUCAAAGAGUGAUCAGUGUAGCCCAAUCCAACACGAGUUUGUUACUGCUGGCCAGGAGAUAGUGAUAGAGGGGUCAAGUUCUUCACGAAUCCCUCAGCUGGAUGGUCCCAUUCCUGAUCCUUAUGAUGAAAUGCUUGCAACACCUAAUAUCUAUAAUUAUCAAGGAGGCAUCAAUGAUGACUACAAUAUAGCAAAUACACCCGGACCAGACAUGCAAGCACCUACUCCUGCUCCGAUUUUUCAAAAUGACCUGGAUGACGAUGAUGAAGACCCCUUGAAUGAAAAUGAUGACGAUGAGUUGGAUGAUGUGGACCAAGGAGAGGAUCUCAACACAUCUCAUCUAGUUUUGGCUCAGUUUGAUAAGGUUACGCGCACUAAGAGCCGGUGGAAGUGCACUUUGAAAGACGGUAUAAUGCAUAUAAACAACAAAGAUAUACUCUUUAACAAGGCAAUGGGAGAGUUCGACUUUUGAUUCCGCUUGUGAAAGAGUUUUUCUUGCGAAACGAGCACAACGUUUGGGGUGAAAAUCAAGAAUGCUUAUUAUUAGGGGGUAGUAUUAUUGUAAUUGCUCGAUUUUUAUUAAGCGUUAGAGACCAUCGAGUUAUGUUGUUUGUGGGAAUCAGUUGGGACUUUGUUUAGUUGAUGUACAUAAAGGGAGAGACUUUUUGCCACAAUUUACAACCAACUCAUUCAUCUCUAGACUAAAUGUUGUCUCUAAAAUUCCGCAGACUUUUACUGGGAAAACAAAUAGACCCCCUUUUA